CCUGCUGUGGUGGAAACGUUCAAUUCAACUGUAAGCGCGUGUUUGGAUUACAAAGUGACUAUUAUUACUUUUUGAAGAUAUAUAAAACAAUUUAGGGAUGGCUGAUAAGAAGAAAGAAAACGAGCCUGAAGGAGAAGAAGAGUUUUCUGUUGAAAAAGUAUUAGAUAGGCGUAUGAGAAAUGGCAAGGUAGAGUACUUCUUAAAAUGGAAAGGCUAUAAUGAUGAAGACAAUACAUGGGAACCUGAAGAGAAUCUUGACUGUCCAGAUCUUAUAGCAGCUUUUGAAGAAGCAAGGAAAAAGAAAGAAGCUGAGGGAAAAGCCAAUAAGGUUGAUAAGGAUGUGAAAAAGAGGAAGUCUAGUGCUGCAACCCCUGACUUGAAGGGCGCCAAGAAAAGCAAAAGUGAUGACAAAAAGGCUUCUGGUUUUGACAGAGGCUUAGAACCUGAGAAAAUUAUUGGUGCUACUGAUAGUAGUGGGGAGUUGAUGUUCCUUAUGAAGUGGCAGGGUACAGAUGAAGCUGAUCUGGUACCAGCGAAGCAGGCUAAUGUGCGGUGUCCGCAGGUUGUCAUCCAGUUCUAUGAGGAGAGGCUCACAUGGCACACACCAGCCGCUGAUGAGAGUACAGCUGAGGAUUAAGAUCAUGGCCUGUGUUUGAGUUUUAUGACUUAAGACUUUCUAUGUUCCAUUAAACAUUUACUUUCAGAUAAUACUAUCAUCUAUAUUCCAAAGUUUUAUUCGUUUCUAGUGUUUUUUUUUUUUUCACUAGAACUUAUUUCGAACCUAAAUCAUUAAAACUUUAGCCUCGAAAUCAGCGGGCAGCGGGGCGGCACCACCACUCCUGCCCCGCUGCCCGCAAAAUUCGAGGCUGAGGCCUAAUAAGUUUGUAUUUUUGAUUACAUAAUUUCUUUUUAAGAAAAUGUGAUAUUUAAUUUGAUUAUGAAAAUAAAAUGUCAUUAAAACAGAAAAGCUGUUGAGAGCACUAACAUAGAUUGUAUUGGUGUAAUUACUUACACAAAUUUUAUAUUAAGGUUAAGAAUAAGAAAGACGUAAAUAAUAAGUGACAUAAGUUUUGUAAGAAUAAUAAAAGAAGUACAUCCAGUUUUUGCAUUUGUAUAAUUGACAAAUUGACUAUCCUUUUGAACUAAAAUAUUGUGAUGUUGUGUGUUGACUUACAUCUAUCAUAAAUACUAAAAACUGGUUGUAGAUCUAAUAAAUAUGAUAAGAUUUUUUUUAUUACAACUAAGUAUAAUAAAAGGAGUUUAAAAUUUGAGCUAAAGUAGCACAUCCUUUAAACUGUUAUAUUUAGAUUAAAGACUUAAAGU